GGGAACCGUGAGUAGAUGUGCGAGGAGGCGUUAGAAACCCAGUGCAUCCAUGUAGCAUAACACAGAUCUGAUAGAAUUAAAGCCUCACUUUGUUCCGACGAGAGAAUUUACACACGGACACCAAAUGCACGCCUGCUACAAGCUGUUGAUUCGCAACCAUCGGAUGGUAAAUGUGCAGAAGAAAUCCAAUCUCUGAAGUCGACAUCGAGGAUGGACCCGGGUGUGUGAACCCCAUGGCAGGCCACAACUUCAUAUCCAGCCUUACAAAUCGGAAUCUAUUUACCUCUUCAUCGACGCUUGGUAGCCUGGAAAUAUGGGAAUGUGACAUUGUGGAUUUAGUUGGGAUAGAGCCGCAUUGCUAUUUAUAAGAGACACCAGAGCGUGCGGUUGGAAGCGCGUCCACAUAGACACACGAAGGACUGACAACUUAUGAAAUGGUCUAGUAGGCCUAUCUGAGCGCUGCACCAGUCCACUGAUUAUACUCUCAAGGGGAGUCAAAGUUACUGUUUUUUAAAAUGAAGGAAAAAUCUAAAAAUGCUGCCCGGACUCGACGCGAGAAGGAGAACAGUGAAUUUUAUGAACUGGCCAAACUUCUGCCCUUGCCCUCUGCGAUCACCUCGCAGCUCGAUAAAGCCUCUAUCAUCAGGCUCACCACUAGCUAUCUCAAAAUGAGAAUUGUAUUUCCCGAAGGCCUUGGAGAGUCCUGGGGUCACGUGAGUCGGUCUCUCGACAACGUUGGACGGGAGUUGGGCUCGCAUCUUUUACAGACGCUGGACGGCUUUAUCUUCGUCGUGGCUCCGGAUGGUAAAAUAAUGUACAUCUCUGAGACGGCGUCCGUCCACCUGGGCCUGUCGCAGGUAGAGUUGACGGGGAACAGCAUCUACGAGUACAUUCACCCGGCCGACCACGACGAGAUGACCGCGGUCCUCACGGCCCACCAACCCUACCAUUCGCACUUUGUUCAGGAAUAUGAAAUGGAGCGCUCUUUCUUCCUCAGAAUGAAGUGUGUCCUCGCGAAGAGAAACGCUGGUCUCACCUGCGGGGGCUACAAGGUGAUCCACUGCAGCGGCUACCUGAAGAUCCGCCAGUACAGCCUGGACAUGUCUCCCUUCGACGGCUGCUACCAGAACGUGGGACUGGUGGCGGUGGGUCAUUCUCUGCCGCCCAGCGCGGUGACGGAGAUCAAGCUCCACAGCAACAUGUUCAUGUUCCGCGCCAGCCUGGACAUGAAGCUCAUCUUCCUGGACUCACGGGUGGCUGAUCUGACGGGCUACGAACCACAGGAUCUGAUCGAGAACACUCUGUACCACCACGUCCACACCUGUGACUCCUUCCACCUGAGAUGUGCACACCACUUGUUGCUGGUCAAGGGUCAAGUGACCACCAAAUACUACCGCUUCCUGGCCAAGCAGGGGGGCUGGGUGUGGGUGCAGAGCUACGCCACCAUCGUGCACAACAGCCGCUCGUCAAGGCCCCACUGCAUCGUCAGCGUCAACUACGUUCUCACGGAGACGGAGUACAAAGGCCUGCAGCUCUCUCUGGACCAGGUCUCUCCGAAGACCCCUUUCCCCUACAGCAGCAUCGGCGGCGGCGGUGCCCCCAGCGCCCUCGCCGACCACCGCAGGACCCCCAAGGGCCGCGCGCCCCGUCCCAAGACCAAGGCCCGGCUCUCCCCCUACACGCAGCAGUAUGGCGGCUUCCAGACGGAGCGCUCUGAGUCGGACCAGGACAGCCCCUGGGGCGGCAGCCCUCUGACGGACUCCACCUCCCCGCAUCUGCUGGAGCAGAGCGAGGGCUCGGAGAGCACCUGUGCCUACCGCCAGGUCCCGGACCCCCGCCCCGUCUGCUACGGCCUCCCCCUCUCCGAGGAGCACCACACGGUCGCCAACGGCCACGCCCACAACCAGGGCUGCGAGAGGGGCCGCUGCGAGGCGGGACGCUACUUCCUGGGACCCCCGCCGCCGGCCGGAAGGGACGCGUGGUGGGGCUCCGCGCGCUCCAUGGCCCCCACGCCGAAGGGCCCCUCCUUGGAGAACCCAGAGGGCUACGACGGCAGCAUGCCGCACAUCGCAGCCCUUCAAAACCUGCACGGGCGAGGUCAGUGGGACGAGGACAGCGUGGGCAGCUCCCCGGACGGGGGCUCCGCCAGCGACUCGGGGGAGCGCUACCGCGGCGAGAGCUACCGCGCCAGCCCGCAGGAACCCAGCAAGAUCGAGACCCUGAUCCGAGCGACCCAGCAGAUGAUCAAAGAGGAGGAAUGCCGGCUGCAUCUGCGCAAGGGCCCCCACGGCACGCCCCUCGGCCCCGCCAACGGCCUGCCCCGUGGCCAGUCCUGCUUCUCCCCUGAGUACCCUCAGGCGUCUCUGCCGCUGCAGGGCGUGGCGUGUCGCGGACUCAGCCCCGCCCAGAGCCCCGCCCCACUGUCCAAGCUCAGCAGCCCCGGGUCGGAGCACCACUCGGCGGCCAAUGACUACCUCCGGACGGACCUGUCGCCGCUCUCCGUGCCGCUGCACCACCCGAUGGGCCGCGCCGCCGGGCCCUGCUCCGUCUCCCCCACCCCGGCCCCCGCCCUCUACCCCUCCCAGCCCCACGCCGCCUGCCCCUACCUGGACAAGCACGCGGCGUACUCCCUGAGCGGCUACGCCCUGGAGCACCUGUACGACUCGGACAGCCUGCGGGGCUACUACGGCGCCACGGCCACGGGCGCCAGCCACUACGACGUGACCCCCCACCUGCGCAUGCAGGCGGAGCAGAGCGUGGGACACAAGGCCACCUCCGUCAUCAUCACCAACAGCAGCUAACGGCAAGCUACACCCGUGCAUACGGCCUGCUGCGUUGCGUUCAGGCGUUCACACCACAUCCACUGCAUCGCAAAGGAAGCGCCCGCGGAAGGUGUGCUGAACCUCUACUGAUUGCGGUUUGAUUGGUUUGUGAUCGAAGCGUCGGUUCCUCUUUGCACUAUCAGAGAAAGACUUUUCAGUGAUGAGGUUUACGCCACGUUUUAACUCCCCUGCAGGAUGCGUUGCUAGUCGAUAUCAGGUCCACGGUUGUAUGCACUUAAUGCAGAAGAAGCUACAGCAUAGCAGCAUAGACACUAUACAGCCAACAAUAAAUAUGCAAACCCCAUUGAGUUUAUAUUAUGGUUCCUCCGCCCACACCCGUCUUGUUCAUAGCCUUUUGAAGGGCAUAGGUACUGCUAUCUAGGAUAUAUGAGAAUGUUCACCCACUGUGUGCGACUAUACAGUAUUGGUGAGUCUACAGUGUGGGACGUAAAGAGGGAGGGAUGGUAAAGCAAACUCUAAAUAUGAUGAUGGAAUCUGAUUGAAGAGAAGAUAUUGAUUGGCCACACAAGAUGUCAGCCCUUCAGUCUGACUGCUAUACUUGACAGGCCAUACGCCGUCAACAUGAUUGCCUUCAUGAUGUUUGCUGUAAUUGUUUCCGAGAGAUUGUGGCCAUGCAUGUAUAUUAACACUGUCACAACAUAUUUAGCAAUAUGCAAGUGAUCCCUUGAAAGCCGCAGAAUGCAUCUUAAUUGUGUUUUUCUUGAUGGAUCUCUUCAAGGCUGAUGUUGGAUGUCACACACCAUUGUGACGGCAGCAGUUCAUAACACCGGUAUGGGAAUACCAAGUUCCCACCCCUCAUUGGAACCUUUCUUUCCUUUGCGCAUCAGAUAAACCUAUAUUUAUACAAGUUUGGAUUUAUUUUGUCUGAGCCAGAUAUGUGAGUCCUCUGUUAAGAUUAUUUAUGAUGUACUGUAAAUAUGCCCGGACAACACCUACAUUAAACUACACGGGCAGAACUGUAUUUAUUAAAUAAAUGUUUGUUUAUGAUUUUUGAAAUAUAGCUGCACUCAAAUACAGUCCUACUGCUUGUUUAUGGAGUGUGUUUUUGACUGAAACAAAUUCUAAAAGAGAAAUAAAAUAAUGUGUUUUUUUUUCAAAGCAAUGACUUGAUAUUUCUGUUCUACACCUCAA